CGGGACCCACAUGAACACGCGCGUCUUAUUCAUGCCAGGUGCCUCAGGCCGUCGAGCACGGCACAAAUGGCGUUUCCCCUCUUCCUUCCUUCUCUCUUCUCCUCCUUCCCCACUUCCACCACCGCCGCCAUCUCCGCCGUGCCGCUGCGUCUAACCACCUCCUACAGCUCGCGUCGUAUCUAAUUCAUCAAACCUUAAAUUCCCUCCCAGCUCCAAUCCCAACAAAAAAGCCCGUCUCACGUGAUUCUUCUUGGUUUCCGCCCACGCGGCGCGCCUCUUCCAAUCGAUUCAAUUUUUCCGCGGCGGCGUUUGGGCUCACACAUGCAUGAUUUUCAAAUUCUGGAAGAGCGAUGGAUGAGGAGAAGCAGGGGAUCGGCGUAUCGGCGGUGAGGGCGAUGAGGCUAUCUUCGCGGUCGCCGGCCCUCGUUUUGACCGCCGCCCUGGCUGCGCUUCUCUGCUUCCAAAUCGCGACGAGAACCGUCUACCCGAUUUGGGCGGACCGGGCCCGGGAAUCCUUCGAAUCGGAUUUCCCGCCGGACGCCGGAAGCUGUUCUGGGUUCUACGGGAGGAUCCCGGCGAGGAAGGCGGUGAUGUCGAUUACGGAUUUCGGAGGGGUCGGUGAUGGGGAAACGUCCAAUACGGAAGCGUUUCGGAAAGCUGUUCGGCACAUGCAGCGGUUCGGGCUGGACGGCGGAUCGCAGCUGAAUGUGCCGGAAGGGAAGUGGCUCACCGGCAGCUUCAAUCUGACCAGUAAUUUCACAUUGUUUCUUGAAGAAGGCGCUGUGAUUCUGGGUUCUCAGGAUCCUAAGGAAUGGCCUAUAAUAGAGCCAUUGCCUUCGUAUGGAAGAGGGAGAGAGAGAUUGGGAGGGAGACAUAUUAGCCUUAUUCAUGGAGAUGGUCUCUCUGAUGUCGUUAUUACAGGACAAAAUGGAACAGUUGAUGGCCAGGGGAAGAUGUGGUGGGACUUAUGGUGGAACAGAACGUUGGAGCACACGAGAGGACACCUUGUGGAACUAAUGAACUCGCGCAACAUUCUCAUCUCCAACCUCACCUUCCGCAACUCUCCAUUUUGGACUGUACAUCCAAUUUACUGCAGUAAUGUUGUGAUCAGAAACAUGACAAUCUUGGCACCACUUAAUGCUCCAAAUACCGACGGAAUAGAUGCAGACUCCAGCACGAAUGUCUGUAUCGAGGAUUGCUACAUCGAGAGUGGGGAUGAUCUCGUUGCAGUGAAGAGCGGGUGGGACCAAUAUGGUAUCAAGAUGGCCCGCCCGAGCUCCAACAUUAUAGUAAGAAGAGUCUCCGGCACAACUCCCACUUGUUCGGGCAUCGGAAUAGGGAGCGAAAUGUCCGGGGGCAUUUCCAACGUCACGAUCGAGGACUUGCAUGUCUGGAACUCGGCAGCGGGCGUGAGGAUGAAAACAGACGUUGGCAGGGGAGGGUACAUCACCAAUAUAACCAUAAGAAACGUGAUCAUGGAGAGGGUGAAGGUACCGAUAAAGUUCAGCAAGGGAUCAAACGACCAUCCUGAUGAAGGAUGGGACCGGACUGCAAUUCCAAUCGUCAAGGGAGUCAGAAUCAUCGACGUGGUCAGUCUGAAUUCCACCAAAGCCCCACAGUUGCUGGGCAUUGAAAAUGCACCAUUUUCUGAGAUAUGCCUAAGGAAUGUAACCUUGCUAGGGCUGAAGGAGUCAUCAUCGUCUGCUGGUUCGUGGCAUUGUGAAUUCGUCUCCGGUUCUGCUCAGGACGUGUUUCCAUUGCCCUGUUCCGAGUUGCUGCAGAAAGAUGCCUCUUGGUGCUCGUAGUUCGGGUUUUACAGCUUUGGUUUUGCUUGGUUCUUUUUUCUGUUUGGUUUCUGAGUUUGAUAGAUGCACAUGAAGGAUGAGUAGGCACAUUUCGACACAUGAUUGAUUGCAGGAUUGUUAGAGUUUUAGAUAACACUAGACCAAAGGUAUAGUCGAGAGUUACAGAUAUGCCUGAGAUGUAUAGCGAUUUACAAAUUACAGGCAGUCUUGUUGUUACUGAUUUAGAUUGUAGUUUAUGAAAUUGAUACGAAAUUAUUUCAUUUCUGAGAUCGACAGAAGAUUGCAAAUUGUUAUAAAUAAGUAAUUAUAUUAUUCUAAAGUUGGAUGAAUAAGUCGUCUAAGGUGUG